CCCCAUUCUCCCUCCUUCCAUCACCCCAGCCCAUUCUCCCGCUUUCCAUCACCCCGCCCCAUUCUCCCGCUUUCCAUCACCCCGCCCCAUUCUCCCGCUUUCCAUCACCCCGCCCCAUUCUCCCGCUUUCCAUCACCCCGCCCCAUUCUCCCUCCUUCCAUCACCCCGCCCCAUUCUCCCUCCUUCCAUCACCCCGCCCCAUUCUCCCGCUUUCCAUCACCACGCCCCAUUCUCCCGGCUUCCAUCACCCCGCCCCAUUCUCCCUCCUUCCAUCACCCCGCCCCAUUCUCCCGCUUUCCAUCACCACGCCCCAUUCUCCCGCUUUUCAUCACCCUGCCCCAUUCUUCCGCUUUCCAUCACCCCGCCCCAUUCUCCCUCCUUCCAUCACCCCGCCCCAUUCUCCAGCUUUCCAUCACCCCGCCCCAUUCUCCCGCUUUCCAUCACCCCGCCCCAUUCUCCCGCUUUCCAUCACCCCGCCCCAUUCUCCCGCUUUCCAUCACCCCGCCCCAUUCUCCCUCCUUCCAUCACCCCGCCCAUUCUCCCUCGUUCCAUCAACCCGGCCCAUUCUCCCGCUUUCCAUCACCCCGCCCCAUUCUCCCGCUUUCCAUCACCCCGCCCCAUUCUCCCGCUUUCCAUCACCCCGCCCCAUUCUCCCGCUUUCCAUCACCCCGCCCCAUUCUCCCUCCUUCCAUCACCCCGCCCCAUUCUCCCUCCUUCCAUCACCCCGCCCCAUUCUCCCGCUUUCCAUCACCACGCCCCAUUCUCCCGGCUUCCAUCACCCCGCCCCAUUCUCCCUCCUUCCAUCACCCCGCCCCAUUCUCCCGCUUUCCAUCACCACGCCCCAUUCUCCCGCUUUUCAUCACCCUGCCCCAUUCUUCCGCUUUCCAUCACCCCGCCCCAUUCUCCCUCCUUCCAUCACCCCGCCCCAUUCUCCAGCUUUCCAUCACCCCGCCCCAUUCUCCCGCUUUCCAUCACCCCGCCCCAUUCUCCCGCUUUCCAUCACCCCGCCCCAUUCUCUCGCUUUCCAUGACCCCGCCCCAUUCUCCCGCUUUCCAUCACCCCGCCCCAUUCUCCCGCUUUCCAUCACCCCGCCCCAUUCUCCCGCUUUCCAUCACCUCGCCCCGUUCUCCCGCUUUCCAUCACCCCGCCCCAUUCUCCCGCUUUCCAUCACCCCGCCCCAUUCUCCCUCCUUCCAUCACCCCGCCCCAUUCUCCCUCUUUCCAUCACCCCGCCCCAUUCUCCCGCUUUCCAUCACCCAGCCCCAUUCUCCCUCCUUCCAUGACCCCGCCCCAUUCUCCCUCCUUCCAUCACCCCGCCCCAUUCUCCCGCUUUCCAUCACCCCGCCCCAUUCUCCCGCUUUCCAUCACCCCGCCCCAUUCUCCCUCCUUCCAUCACCCCGCCCCAUUCUCCCUCCUUCCAUCACCCCGCCCCAUUCUCCCGCUUUCCAUCACCACGCCCCAUUCUCCCGGCUUCCAUCACCCCGCCCCAUUCUCCCUCCUUCCAUCACCCCGCCCCAUUCUCCCGCUUUCCAUCACCACGCCCCAUUCUCCCGCUUUUCAUCACCCUGCCCCAUUCUUCCGCUUUCCAUCACCCCGCCCCAUUCUCCCUCCUUCCAUCACCCCGCCCCAUUCUCCAGCUUUCCAUCACCCCGCCCCAUUCUCCCGCUUUCCAUCACCCCGCCCCAUUCUCCCGCUUUCCAUCACCCCGCCCCAUUCUCUCGCUUUCCAUGACCCCGCCCCAUUCUCCCGCUUUCCAUCACCCCGCCCCAUUCUCCCGCUUUCCAUCACCCCGCCCCAUUCUCCCGCUUUCCAUCACCUCGCCCCGUUCUCCCGCUUUCCAUCACCCCGCCCCAUUCUCCCGCUUUCCAUCACCCCGCCCCAUUCUCCCUCCUUCCAUCACCCCGCCCCAUUCUCCCUCUUUCCAUCACCCCGCCCCAUUCUCCCGCUUUCCAUCACCCAGCCCCAUUCUCCCUCCUUCCAUGACCCCGCCCCAUUCUCCCUCCUUCCAUCACCCCGCCCCAUUCUCCCGCUUUCCAUCACCCCGCCCCAUUCUCCCGCCUUCCAUCACCCCGCCCCAUUCUCCCGCUUUCCAUCACCCCGCCCCAUUCUCCCGCUUUCCAUCACCCCGCCCCAUUCUCUCGCUUUCCAUCACCCCGCCCCAUUCUCCCGCUUUCCAUCACCCCGCCCCAUUCUCCCGCUUUCCAUCACCCCGCCCCAUUCUCCCGCUUUCCAUCACCUCGCCCCAUUCUCCCGCUUUCCAUCACCCCGCCCCAUUCUCCCGCUUUCCAUCACCCCGCCCCAUUCUCCCUACUUCCAUCACCCCGCCCCAUUCUCCCUCCUUCCAUCACCCCACCCCUUUCUCCCGCUUUCCAUCACCCCGCCCCAUUCUCCCUCUUUCCAUCACCCCGCCCCAUUCUCCCGCUUUCCAUCACCCCGCCCCAUUCUCCCUCCUUCCAUGACCCCGCCCCAUUCUCCCUCCUUCCAUCACCCCGCCCCAUUCUCCAGCUUUCCAUCACCCCGCCCCAUUCUCCCGCUUUCCAUCACCCCGCCCCAUUCUCCCACUUUCCACCACCCCGCCCCAUUCUCCCUCCCAUCACCCCGCCCCAUUCUCCCUCCUUCCAUCACCCCACCCCAUUCUCCCGCUUUCCAUCACCCCGCCCCAUUCUCCCGCUUUCCAUCACCCCGCCCCAUUCUCCCGCUUUCCAUCACCCCGCCCCAUUCUCCCGCUUCGCAUCCCCCCGCCCCAUUCUCCCGCUUUCCAUCACCCCGCCCCAUUCUCCCGCUUUCCAUCACCCCGCCCCAUUCUCCCUCCUUCCAUCACCCCGCCCCAUUCUCCCUCCUUCCAUCACCCCGCCCCAUUCUCCCUCCUUCCAUCACCCCGCCCCAUUCUCCCGCUUUCCAUCACCCCGCCCCAUUCUCCCGCUUUCCAUCACCCCGCCCCAUUCUCCCGCUUUCCAUCACCCCACCCCAUUCUCCCGCUUUCCCCCAUUCUCCCGCUUUCCAUCACCCCGCCCCAUUCUCCCGCUUUCCAUCACCCCGCCCCAUUCUCCCGCUUUCCAUCACCCCGCCCCAUUCUCCCGCUUUCCAUCACCUCGCCCCGUUCUCCCGCUUUCCAUCACCCCGCCCCAUUCUCCCGCUUUCCAUCACCCCGCCCCAUUCUCCCUCCUUCCAUCACCCCGCCCCAUUCUCCCUCCUUCCAUCACCCCGCCCCAUUCUCCCGCUUUCCAUCACCACGCCCCAUUCUCCCGGCUUCCAUCACCCCGCCCCAUUCUCCCUCCUUCCAUCACCCCGCCCCAUUCUCCCGCUUUCCAUCACCACGCCCCAUUCUCCCGCUUUUCAUCACCCUGCCCCAUUCUUCCGCUUUCCAUCACCCCGCCCCAUUCUCCCUCCUUCCCUUUCCAUCACCCCGCCCCAUUCUCCCGCUUUCCAUCACCCCGCCCCAUUCUCCCACUUUCCACCACCCCGCCCCAUUCUCCCUCCCAUCACCCCGCCCCAUUCUCCCUCCUUCCAUCACCCCACCCCAUUCUCCCGCUUUCCAUCACCCCGCCCCAUUCUCCCGCUUUCCAUCACCCCGCCCCAUUCUCCCGCUUUCCAUCACCCCGCCCCAUUCUCCCGCUUCGCAUCCCCCCGCCCCAUUCUCCCGCUUUCCAUCACCCCGCCCCAUUCUCCCGCUUUCCAUCACCCCGCCCCAUUCUCCCUCCUUCCAUCACCCCGCCCCAUUCUCCCGCUUUCCAUCACCCCGCCCCAUUCUCCCGCUUUCCAUCACCCCGCCCCAUUCUCCCGCUUUCCAUCACCCCGCCCCAUUCUCCCGCUUUCCAUCACCCCGCCCCAUUCUCCCUCCUUCCAUCACCCCGCCCCAUUCUCCCUCCUUCCAUCACCCCGCCCCAUUCUCCCUCUUUCCAUCACCCCGCCCCAUUCUCCCUCUUUCCAUCACCCCGCCCCAUUCUACCUCUUUCCAUCACCCCGCCCCAUUCUCUCUCUUUCCAUCACCCCGCCCCAUUCUCCCUCUUUCCAUGACCCCGCCCCAUUCUCCCUCUUUCCAUCACCCCGCCCCAUUCUCCCUUUCUCCAUCACCCCGCCCCAUUUUCCCUCUUUCCAUCACCCCACCCCAUUCUCCCGCUUUCCAUCACCCCGCCCCAUUCUCCUGCUUUCCAUCACCCCGCCCCAUUCUCCCUCCUUCCAUCACCCCGCCCCAUUCUCCCUCCUUCCAUCACCCCACCCCAUUCUCCCGCUUUCCAUCACCCCGCCCCAUUCUCCCUCUUUCCAUCACCCCGCCCCAUUCUCCCACCUUCCAUCACCCCGCCUCAUUCUCCCUCCUUCCAUGACCCCGCCCCAUUCUCCCUCCUUCCAUCACCCCGCCCCAUUCUCCCGCUUUCCAUCAGCCCGCCCCAUUCUCCCGCUUUCCAUCACCCCGCCCCAUUCUCCCACUUUCCAUCACCCCGCCCCAUUCUCCCUCCCAUCACCCCGCCCCAUUCUCCCUCCUUCCAUCACCCCACCCCAUUCUCUCGCUUUCCAUCACCCCGCCCCAUUCUCCCGCUUUCCAUCACCCCGCCCCAUUCUCCCGCUUUCCAUCACCCCGCCCCAUUCUCCCGCUUUGCAUUCCCCCGCCCCAUUCUUCCGCUUUCCAUCACCCCGCCCCAUUCUCCCGCUUUCCAUCACCCCGCCCCAUUCUCCCUUCUUCCAUCACCCCGCCCCAUUCUGCCGCUUUCCAUCACCCCGCCCUAUUCUCCCGCAUUCCAUCACCCCGCCCCAUUCUCCCGCUUUCCAUCACCCCGCCCCAUUCUCCCGCUUUCCAUCACCCCGCCCCAUUCUCCCUCCUUCCAUCACCCCGCCCCAUUCUCCCUCCUUCCAUCAACCCCCCCCAUUCUCCCUCUUUCCAUCACCCCGCCCCAUUCUCCCUCUUUCCAUCACCCCGCCCCAUUCUCCCGCUUUCCAUCACCCCGCCCCAUUCUCCCUCUUUCCAUCACCCCGCCCCAUUCUCCCUCUUUCCAUCACCCCGCCCCAUUCUCCCUCUCUCCAUCACCCCGCCCCGUUUUCCCUCUUUCCAUCACCCCACCCCAUUCUCCCUCUUUCCAUCACCCCGCCCCAUUCUCCCUCUUUCCAUAACCCCGCCCCAUUCUCACUCUUUCCAUCACCCCGCCCCAUUCUCCCUCUUUCCAUCACCCCGCCCCAUUCUCCCGCUUUCCAUCACCCCGCCCCAUUCUCCUGCUUUCCAUCACCCCGCCCCAUUCUCCCUCUUUCCAUCACCCCGCCCCAUUCUCCCUCUUUCCAUCACCCCGCCCCAUUCUCCCGCUUUCCAUCACCCUGCCCCAUUCUCCUUCUUUCCAUCACCCCGCCCCAUUCUCCCGCUUUCCAUCACCCCGCCCCAUUCUCCCUCUCUCCAUCACCCCGCCCCGUUUUCCCGCUUUCCAUCACCCCGCCCCAUUCUCCCUCUUGCCAUCACCCCGCCCCAUUCUCCCUCUUUCCAUCACCCCGCCCCAUUCUCCCUCCUUCCAUCACCCCGCCCCAUUCUCCCUCUUUCCAUCACCCCACCCGAUUCUCCCGCUUUCCAUCACCCCGCCCCAUUCUCCCGCUUUCCAUCACCACGCCCCAUUCUCCCGCUUUCCAUCACCCCGCCCCAUUUUCCCGCUUUCCAUCACCCCGCCCCAUUCUCCCUUCUUCCAUCACCCCGCCCCAUUCUGCCGCUUUCCAUCACCCCGCCCUAUUCUCCCGCAUUCCAUCACCCCGCCCCAUUCUCCCGCUUUCCAUCACCCCGCCCCAUUCUCCCGCUUUCCAUCACCCCGCCCCAUUCUCCCUCCUUCCAUCACCCCGCCCCAUUCUCCCUCCUUCUAUCAACCCCCCCCAUUCUCCCUCUUGCCAUCACCCCGCCCCAUUCUCCCUCUUUCCAUCACCCCGCCCCAUUCUCCCGCUUUCCAUCACCCCGCCCCAUUCUCCCUCUUUCCAUCACCCCGCCCCAUUCUCCCUCUUUCCAUCACCCCGCCCCAUUCUCCCUCUCUCCAUCACCCCGCCCCAUUUUCCCUCUUUUCAUCACCCCACCCCAUUCUCCCUCUUUCCAUCACCCCGCCCCAUUCUCCCUCUUUCCAUAACCCCGCCCCAUUCUCACUCUGUCCAUCACCCCGCCCCAUUCUACCUCUUUCCAUCACCCCGCCCCAUUCUCCCGCUUUCCAUCACCCCGCCCCAUUCUCCUGCUUUCGAUCACACCGCCCCAUUCUCCCUCUUUCCAUCACCCCGCCCCAUUCUCCCUCUUUCCAUCACCCCGCCCCAUUCUCCCGCUUUCCAUCACCCUGCCCCAUUCUCCUUCUUUCCAUCACCCCGCCCCAUUCUCCCGCUUUCCAUCACCCCGCCCCAUUCUCCCUCUCUCCAUCACCCCGCCCCGUUUUCCCGCUUUCCAUCACCCCGCCCCAUUCUCCCUCUUGCCAUCACCCCGCCCCAUUCUCCCACUUUCCAUCACCCCGCCCCAUUCUCCCUCCUUCCAUCACCCCGCCCCAUUCUCCCUCUUUCCAUCACCCCACCCGAUUCUCCCGCUUUCCAUCACCCCGCCCCAUUCUCCCGCUUUCCAUCACCACGCCCCAUUCUCCCGCUUUCCAUCACCCCGCCCCAUUCUCCCGCUUUCCAUCACCCCGCCCCAUUCUCCCUCUUUCCAUCACCCCGCCCCAUUCUCCCGUUUUCCAUCACCCCGACCCAUUCUCCCACUUUCCAUCACCCCGCCCCAUUCUCCCGCUUUCCAUCACCCCGCCCCAUUCUCCCGCUUUCCAUCACCCCGCCUCAUUCUCCCUCUUUCCAUCACCCUGCCCCAUUCUCCCUCUUUCCAUCACCCCGCCCCAUUCUCCCUCUUUCCAUCACCCCGCCCCAUUCUCCCUCUUUCCAUCACCCCGCCCCAUUCUCCCUAUUUCCAUCACCCCGCCCCAUUCUCCCUAUUUCCAUCACUCCGCCCCCUUCUCUCUCUUUCCAUCACCUCGCCCCAUUCUCUCUCUUUCCAUCACCCCGCCCCAUUCUCCCGCUUUCCAUCACCCCGCCCCAUUCUCCCGCUUUCCAUCACCCCGCCCCAUUCUCCCGCUUUCCAUCACCCCGCCCCAUUCUCCCGCUUUCCAUCACCCCGCCCCAUUCUCCCGCUUUCCAUCACCCCGCCCCAUUCUCCCGCUUUCCAUCACCCGCCCCAUUCUCCCUCUUGCCAUCACCCCGCCCCAUUCUCCCUCUUGCCAUCACCCCGCCCCAUUCUCCCUCUUGCCAUCACCCCGCCCCAUUCUCCCUCUCUCCAUCACCCCGCCUAAUUCUCCUGCUCUCCAUCACCCCACCCCAUUCUCCCGCUCUCAAUCACCCCGCCCCAUUCUCCCGCUCUCCAUCACCCCGCCCCAUUCUCCCGCUCUCCAUCACCCCGCCACAUUCUCCCUCUCUCCAUCACCCCGCCACAUUCUCCCGCUCUCCAUCACCCCGCCCCAUUCUCCCGCUCUCCAUCACCCCGCCCCAUUCUCCCUCUUUCCAUCACCCCGCCCCAUUCUCCCUCUUUCCAUCACCCCGCCCCAUUCUCCCUCUUUCCAUCACCCCGCCCCAUUCUCCCUCUUUCCAUCACCCCGCCCCAUUCUCCCUCUUUCCAUCACCCCGCCCCAUUCUCCCGCUCUCCAUCACCCCGCCCCAUUCUCCCUCUUUCCAUCACCCCGCCCCAUUCUCCCGCUCUCCAUCACCCCGCCACAUUCUCCCUCUCUCCAUCAACCCGCCCCAUUCUCCCGCUCUCCAUCACCCCGCUCCAUUCUCCCGCUCUCCAUCACCCCGCCCCAUUCUCCCGCUCUCCAUCACCCCGCCCCAUUCUCCCGCUUUCCAUCACCCCAACCCAUUCUCCCGCUUUCCAUCACCCCGCCCCAUUCUCCCGCUUUCCAUCACCCCGCCCCAUUCUCCCGCUUUCCAUCACCCCGCCCCAUUCUCCCUCUUUCCAUAA